CGUGCCAGUUAAAAAUGUAUGUAUAUCUGAGUGGCGCCAACAGUAGUGUACUGCAUUAUUCUUGGAAUAAAGAUAAUAAUAGGAAGAAACUUCGGCGGAGUGGUUUAAAAUGUCUUGUACGAGGAAACCUGAAUUAAAAGACAAAAUAGACAUUCCGCCUACGAAAGUUCGGAAGCUAGAUGAAAUAGAUGGUGGCUCGGAAGGUGUUUGUGAUGAAAGCAUUUCAUUUGGGGAUUUUAAACUCUCUAGGGUUAUAAACGAAAACAGUCAGAGAAAGAGUGUGUGCGUUGAAGGUACAUUCGCGGGAAAAGAGGGUAUCGCAGUAGUGUUAUUGGAGAAACGGCCAUUUAAUGAACAAAGUAUUAAUGGAAUAUUAUCAUCUCAUAGUUCAUUGAAACAGGAGUUCAUAAAUGACGUAUACGCCAGUUACACGUGUUUGCCUAGUGUGCAGUUCAACGGCAUAAAAACGACGAUCAUACAUCCCGCAACAGAAAAACAUAUUAAGAAAUAUGAGCGACAGGUAUUGCAUAUUGUUGAAGAAACUCCGAGUUACUACCAAGAGAUAACACUGCCUCAUAUAAAAUCGGACCAGUUCGGCAUUCAGUGGGUUUUUAAUAUUUUAGAUCACAAAUCUGAGACUGAUCGUAUAGUAUUUGAAGAUCCUGAUCCUGAAACAGGAUUCAUUUUGCUUCCUGAUUUAAAAUGGGAUACCAAGCAAAUUGAAGACUUGUACCUAGUGGCUAUUGUUAGAAAAUCUGGCAUUCUAUCAUUACGUGAUUUGACAAGUGAACAUUUACCACUUCUGAAAAAUAUAAAGGAAAAGGGAACGAAUGUCAUAAAGGAUAAAUAUAAAAUUCCUGAGACGCAACUACGUAUUUAUCUUCACUAUCAACCAUCAUUUUAUCAUCUUCACGUGCAUUUUACAAAUUUGCAAUAUGAUGCCCCAGGUAUAUAUGCUGAGAAAUCCCAUCUUCUGGGUGAAGUUGUGAGUAAUAUAGAAUUGAUGUCAGACUACUAUCAGAAGGCCACAAUACCAUUUGCCAUAAAAGAAAGUGACAGCCUGUUUCAGAAGUAUGAAGAGAAGAACCUGUUAAAGAGAACUGCUGAGUGA